AACUAGUUUGUGAAAAAGAGUUUCCUGUCAAUGUGAGAUACUUACAGGGGACCGUAGAGCUAAAUUAUCUUUGCUGCAAAGAACGUCUGGAUUGACCAAUAUCUUUGAAAGAGCACUAUGGAUUCCGAGGCCAAUAAAGAGGUUUCCUUGCGUCCGAAGCUGAACACGAAAUCCAGAGGAAGCAUUUUCAGUAUGAGCCGAAGAAGGAUUUCAUGUAAGGAUCUUGGAAAUGCUGACUGCCAAGGGUGGAUGUAUAAGAAAAAAGAAAAAUCCUUUCUGGUCAAUAAGUGGAAAAAAAUUUGGGCUGUGCUGAAGGGUUCCUGCCUUUAUUGGUACACAAAUCAAAUGGCCGAAAAAGCAGAAGGAUUUAUCAAUCUUCCGGACUUUAUUGUGAACCCAGCAAGUGAAUGCAAAAAAAAGAAUGCAAUAAAAAUCACCCACCCACAAAUCAAGACCUUUUAUUUUGCUGCUGAGAACAGAGAAGAAAUGAAUAAGUGGUUAAAUAAAUUGGGACUAGCUGUAAUUGCUCAGCCAGUGGAACAGAAAAAAGAAGAAGAUUGCUGGAGCGAAAGUGAACAAGAUGACCAAGACGCAACAGAGAUCUCAUCCUCCUCAUGUACUGCACAACACAAACCCACUGACUCAACUCUUCAAGACUCUUCCUACAUGUCAUCAGAUCUAAGCUUAGCCAUGAAUAAAAGUUCCCAUGUUAUUAAAUCUGUGUCGUCAACAACGGAACAUGAAAAACAAUGUGAUCUUCAUACCGUAGCAAAUUUAUCGGGACCAGAAAUAGAAAGAGUAAUUUUACUGCAAGAGAAAAAAGAAGUGAAUUCCAUUGAUGGAACUUUGAGUUGUAUAAACAGUAAAGAUGACACUUCAGAGAACUACAGUGUAAGUGGAUCAGUGCAAAGAACAUUUAAAGAUAAUGAUGAUGAAAUGGAAAGACUUUAUAAAUCUUUAGAGCAAGCAAGCCUGUCCCCCAUUGGAGACCGACGGCCAUCAUCUAAGAAAGAACUAAGAAAGUCAUUUAUAAAACGUUGUAAAAACCCGUCAAUCAAUGAGAAACUUCAUAAGAUCAGGACAUUGAAUAGCACACUAAAAUGCAAAGAACACGAUUUGGCUUUAAUCAACCAGCUCCUGGAAGGUGGUGAAUUAACGGCGGUAAAGUAUAGAGAAUGGAAGGAUACCAAUACAUUGAUGUUCCUGGGUAUUUAUUCACCAGCUUGUGAUAAAGACUAUACUGAUGUUACCAGAGAAGAUCCAAAUAUAUCAAUAGCAUUUGGUGUGCAACAUGAAUCAUAA